AGAAAAACAAGAUUAAGAAAAAGCAAAGCAAAACCAAAAGAAAUGGCGAAGAACCUUAGCUCCGCCACCUUCACCGUUCUCUUGCUUGUCCUCUUGAUGGCUUCGACCGAAAUCCUCAAAAUUGAGGCUAUGAACAUCAAGGCUAGAUGCCUUCCACAGGGAUGCAAAAAUCCUACAUUUUCCGAGGAGUGCGGCGUGGAGCCAUUCCCAGGUUCAAAUAACGAUUGCUGUCACUGUUGCGUAGCCAAAUACGGGAGGAAAGCAGUCUGUAAAGGAGUUGUUGAGGGACCAGACAAACACUGUCAUUGCUACAAAGAACGUGUUUGAAAUAACCUCAUACAAUUACCAAGUGUGAUAUAUGUAUAACUUGUGUGUUUCAUUUGGUGUGCGGACAUUACAUGUGUGUAUGUUUAUGUUCGAGAUUCGUUUGUUUCCCAAUAAAACAUCAAGGGCAAAGCAUAUCAUUGCUUGCCCCGAAGUGUGAGCU